GUUUCAGUUUAACCGUUUCUCUCUUUUGACUUGCGUGGCCUCAAAUCUAUUCUACUCUGCUUUGCUCUUACCAUUUUCUUACCAUUCUGUCAAUAUUGGUUUGUUAAACAUCACAGCUGUAGAAAAGACAAACUUUGAAGUAGCGUCUUCAAAUAAAGCUCUAAAGGAAGCCGAAUCUCUGACGCAAACAGCUUAUAACUGAGUUUAAGCUAGAAUUAUACACCUCACGCUAGAUUAAUUUACCUGAGGUCGAUCAGUAUAACUAGAAUAAGAAGAUUGAGAGAUGUCGCAUCUGCAGUGUGUGGUUCUGAGUGCAAAGAAUCUUCCGAGCAAGGAGAGGUUCUCGAAGAGUGACCCUUACGUGCUCAUUGAAUGUGGCGGCCAGGAGCAGAAAACAAAGACGAUAGACAACAACCUGGACCCUGUGUGGAAUGAGUCAUUCAACUUCAAGUGUUCAGAGGACACAGUUGACAUCACUUUCACCAUCUGGGACAAAAACACACUCACCAAAGAUGAGUUGAUGUGCUUCGCUGUGACGUCACUGGCCAGUCUGAAGACCAACACAGAACAGGAGAUCAAAAUACCCCUCAGAGCUGGCAAAGACUUCGGAAGCCCAAUCAAGAGUGAAAUGAUAGUGAAACUGAAACCCAACUUCGAAACCCCCUUGGUUAAAAACCAGCGCAUCACUAAAGAACUGGACAUGACCAAAAGUGAGAAAGACGCCCUGGAAAAUGAAAAGAGCAAACUGAAGAACAUAGUGGGAGAUUUGGAGAAGAACAACGCAUUGUUCAAAGCUCAUUGCGAAGAACUCUCAAAGGAGAAUGACAAGUUCAAAGAGAAUAACAAGAAGUUAGAAGAACAAGUGAAUGUCAUGACAGGGGAGAACAACAGAUUCAAAGCCAAUAAUGAGAAGCUGGAACAGGAAAACAAGAAGUUUGCCGACAACAACGCCAAAUUGGAACAAGAGGUGUCCAAGAUGACAGAGGAGAACAAGAAGUUCGAGGCUAACAAUGCGAAACUGGAGCAAAAUGUGACCAAAUUGAGUGGGGAAGUUGACAAACUGUCCGGGGAGAAUGCCAAGUUCGCAGAAAACAACCAGAAGCUGGAACAGAGUGUGAACAAAUUGACAGGAGAGGUCGAUAAAUUCAGCCAGGAAAACGAGAAGUUGGCUCAGACAAACAAGGCUCUGGAAGACAACGUGAACAAACUUGAAGGUCAAGUGAACAAAAUGACAGAAGAAAACAACAAAUUUGCAGCAAACAACGCCAAACUUACAGCUGAAGUCGGAAAAAUGUCAGCUGAAAAUGCGAAACUGGAACAAAACAACAAAAAACUGGAAGAGCAAGUCGGAAAAUUAGAAGGCGAAGUUAACAAAAUGGGUGCAGAAAACAAAAAAUUCGAAGAAAACAACAACAAAUUGGGCGCGCAAGUUGAAACAAUGACUGCAGAAAACGAAAAAAUGGCUGCGAACAACAAAGAACUAGAAGCUAAAAUCGCGAAAUUUUCAUCCGAAGUAGAUCGAUUGGCUGGCGAAAAUGACAAAAUGGCAGAAAACAACAAACAACUAACUGCCCAAAUCGGGCAACUGAAAGAAGAAACGGAAAAACUUUCUCAAGAAAAUGGAAAAUUUGCCCAAAAUAACGCAGAUUUGGAGGCGAAAAUCAAGCAACUCCAAGCGGAAGUUGAAAAGUUCGCAAAAGAAAAUGCGAAAUUCGCCGAGCAAAAUAAGGUUUUGGGCGAAACUUCUGCUAAACUGCAGGCUAAUAAUGAUGCUCUCGAAUCUAAAAUAGCAGAGUUGAACCAACAGUUGGAAAAAUUCAAGGAAAUUUACCAGAAAUUAUCUGGGGAGAAUGAAAAAUUGGCGAAAAUCAGAGACGAUUUCGAGAAAUUAAAAGAUAUGUUUUUCGACCAGCUGGACGAAAAAAUGCAGGCUAUGGAUAGAUCCCUGCUGGAAAAACUGGCAGCCGACAUUGAAAUGAUGGACAAGGAGGAAGGGCUGAGCCCAGAAGAGUUCGACCGGUUCUUGGCCAGGGUCCCCAAACACUUGAAGGCCAAGUUCAACGCCAUUGCUGUAGACUUCAAGAAGUUCGACACCAAUAAUGACAACUUGAUCGACUACAACGAGCUGUCUAAAAUGCUUGACAUGGUCAUGGAGAGUUGACCAUUACAGAAAAGCAAAAACAGCGAAAAUGGAGAAAAAUAGCGUAAAAAAUCCAAAAAGAAUGGACAAAAAAUAUCAAAAACGGAACGAAAACCAAAGUUUGAUACAUAAAAAGUGUAGAAAAAAGAUAAAAUUAUUUCAAAUUUUGUUGUACCGUACUUAUUGUUAAGUUUUAAAAAUGUUGCUCAUAUUGCAGAGAUUUACUUUAUAGUUAGAAAUAAUAUAUUUCGAUAUUCAUAUUUUCUAUGA